AUGUCUGCAAUUCUAUCUCACAAUGACACAUACAACAUUAUCCAAUUGAUAGGUGAGGGAGGAUAUGGGGAGGUGUCUUGCUGCCGUAAGCAAAGUACUGGCCAGUUUGUCGCUGUAAAGACCCUAAAAUGUGAUAGUUGCAUUGCCUCAGAAAUCAGGGUGUUAAAACUGUUUCAAAACAUGGAUACAAAUAAGUUUCAUAUUGUACAGUUUCUCGAAUGCUUCCACAGUAGUGGAAAGUCCUACCUAGUAUUUGAGCUACUAGAGCAGAAUUUGCUGGAAUUCCAAAAAGCUAACAAUUUUACUCCUCUCCCUGCCAAGCAUAUUAGGAUCAUUGGCAUCCAGUUGCUGAGAGCUUUGGUGAUGCUGAAGGAGUUAUCCAUCAUUCACACGGACAUCAAACUAGAUAAUAUUAUGUUAGUGGCCCACAACCGAUUUCCUUUCAGGGUCAAAGUGAUUGACUUUGGUUCAGCCAGUAUACUCCCUGAGGUUCAACAUAUUAAUGACCCUUAUAUCCAAGCCAGAUAUUACAGAUCCCCUGAGAUCCUCUUAGGGCUGCCUUUCUGUGAAAAACUGGAUAUGUGGUCUGUUGGUUGCGUACUAGCUGAGCUCCGCCUUGGUAGACCACUCUAUCCCGGUAAAAGUCAAUAUGAUCAGAUCAGGAUCAUCACUGAAGCUCAAGGACAACCCAAGGACCAUUUGCUUGACCAGGCAAGUAAAACACAUCUUUUCUUCAAAAGAAAUCCUUGUCCUUAUUCAGCUCACCGGUGGCAACUUAAAUCAUUGUCAGAAUAUGACUCAAAGAUGCUGACAACCCUGGAGCCAAGACAACAGACUGUAAAGUCACUUGAUCAGCUCGAGACAUUCAAUAUCAUUCAAACAUUAUCCUCAAGUGAUGAUGAUAUAGCUGAGUUACAGGACCGCAACGAUAUGGUAGCUCUUCUGAAGAGAAUGCUCAACAUAGAUCCCAAAAUGCGCGUUUCACCAGAUUCUGCAUUAACCCAUCCAUUCAUUACCAUGGAGCAAUUGAAACAGAAGUAUAACCACACAAGUUAUUACCAGCUGUCUGUCCAAGGCCUUGAUGCCACUUUGAAUUAUGGCAGAGUUGAGAGCAAGGAACACAGUUAUCAGCUGCUGAAGGAACCUCAGUGUGCAAAUGCCAAGGCGCAUGUUAAGAGCACACAUCAACUGAAUCACAGCAAUGUCACGGCCAGGAAGGUGGACCAGUCCUUCUACUUCCUCAGGAGGCUAAAUAAAUUUGACAAGUCCCCUUUGACUGUCACCAACUUUGAGCAAUGCGCCAUAGAAAGCACCCCACCUGGAUGCACUGCCGUUUGGUGCGGCAGCUGCUUUGCUCGUGACCACAACAAAGUGAACAAUCGCACAAUUUUCAAGUUAGCUAAAUACAGAAAGAGAAACAAGAAGAUCCAAAAGAAAAGAAAAUCUGAUGUAUCCACCUGCUUCAAGCAGCCUUCAGUUAUACUGCUGCCUAUGAAGAACAUGGUAUCCUGCCCCAACGACUAA